AUGCAGCCAGGGGCAAAGGAUUCAUACCUGCCCCUUUCAACCAAUCACAGAUCAAGCUUUGUUAACGGCACCCGGGGGCCUGAUGCCGUCACUUUCUUCAUCAUUGAGGGCCUCGCCGGUCUUGGCAAAGAAAAGAUUGUUCUUUUUGUCAUUCUUCUGCUGGGUUACAUGAUUAUCCUGGGAGGAAACAGUAUGAUUAUCUUUGUGGCGUUAACUGAUUCCAAGCUCAACUCUCCCAUGUAUUUUUUCCUCUACAACCUCUCCUUUGUGGACAUCAUCUACACCACCAUCACCAUCCCCAACAUGCUGUCUGGCCUCCUGGUUGGCAUGAAAACUAUUUCUGUGCCGGGCUGCUUCCUUCAGAUGUAUGUUUUUAUCCAGCUAGCUGUAACUGGUCGGGCCAUUCUGACUGUCAUGGCGUACGACCGCUAUGUGGCCAUCUGCAACCCUCUGCGCUACGCCUCCAUCAUGACCAAGCCCGCCCAGGUGCUCCUUGUCGCAGGAGCUUGGAGCUUCGGUGCCCUCUGCACGCUGCCGGCCACCUGCAUAGCCUUCCGGCAAUUUUACUGCGGCCCCAAUGUGGUUAAACAUGGCUGGUGCGACCCAUCAUCCGUAAGGCGGCUGGUGUGCGGGGACGUUACCGUAGAUAACAUUGUUUCACUUGCCUUUGCCAUGGUGGCACUUUUGAUCACAGGAGUCUUCAUUCUCACUUCCUAUAUCCUGAUUGGGGUUUCCAUAUUAAGGAUGGGAGUAGCCCAGAGGCUGAAGGCCUUUGGGACUUGCGCCGCCCACCUGACUGUGGUGUCCAUCUCUUACAGCUCGGCCUCCUGUGUAUACAUCUCCUACCGGGUGGGAAACUUUCCACCAGAGGUUCGAAUCAUCGUGUCUGUCAUGUACGCCGCUCUGACUCCUUUCCUAAACCCGAUGAUCUACAGUCUGAAGAACAAGGAGCUACGAGAGUCCAUUGGGAGAACUCUGAUGAGGUUCAGACCUGCUGCUGUGUUACCAACCAAAGACGUUAACACGGUGACCAUAUCGUCCUGACUGGGAGAGAAAACCUGCUGGAUGUGAAUGAAGAAGAC